CCCCCACUCCACCAUCUCCUCUGUCUCUAACUAGCUCAGAGAUUAAACGAUGGAGAUUAUAGCGAAAGUCGACUGUUCCUUAUGAAUCAUUCAAACAAUCGCCGUCCACAACACUUAUCGUUUACUGAUACAAGAAGAUUAAGAGGUUGCCGACUUCUGCGGCGAACUCUUGGAUGUGAACUAACGGAACUUCUCUCCCUAUGUAUGCCUGCUUGAAAUGGAUAAGUUGCUUCCACUACCAGAAGGCCUUACCUACUAUGAGACUAUGAGACAAAAUAGAGAUGAUUCCGAAUCUCAAAACCUCGUAGAUAUGGAGUUUUCAACCAAUCUGACUUCGUGGAAGGCGAAAUAUCUGGAAGACGAAGAAGACCUUGUGUUUGAAACCAUAACAUGUAUGCGCGAGAAUGAUUUGCUUGAACAAGUUGGUCCUAACUCCUUUUCAGGUGCUAGUCACCCACCUGAACCUGUUGAUAGAGAUCUAAUGAAACCCAUCCAUGUUCCAAUUGACCAGAACAAAUCGAAUGGUAAAUUUUUGGUUAAAAGUUUAUCAAUAGAAAGACCUGUCAACGAUGACAUAUUAAUCCAUGUUCCUGCCAUCAAACCUAGUCCCUCUUCUGUUCUUGUAUUAACAGAGAAACUAGUUGAAACCUCACAAAACAAAGGCAAAAGCCUCUAUGUAGAUUUAGUAGAGAAAGAAUGUGUUUGGGAUCCUUCUUUACCUCCAACUCCAAGUGGGAAUGGGAAUGGGAAUGGGAAUGUGAGUCCCCUGAUCAAAGGGAGUUGUGUUGAAAGUGCAAAGAGUAGUGUCAGCCGUGCAAGUGAUAGCAGUGGACUUAGUGAUGAAAGUAACUGGAGUAACGUUACUGGUAGCGUUAAUAAACCUCACGGAGGGAAUGAUCCUAGAUGGAAGGCGAUUACAUCUGUUAGAUCACGGGAUGGGGUAAUGGGCAUGAGUCAUUUCAGAUUAUUCAGGCGCCUUGGGUGUGGUGAUAUCGGAAGUGUGUAUCUGUCUGAACUUAGUGGUACUCAUUGUUAUUUUGCCAUGAAGGUAAUGGAUAAGGCAUCUCUUGCAAGCAGGAAGAAACUAACACGAUCUCAAACUGAAAGAGAGAUACUUCAGUUGCUUGAUCAUCCUUUCUUGCCUACUCUGUAUACACAUUUUGAGACUGAUAGAUUCUCAUGUUUAGUCAUGGAGUAUUGUCCAGGAGGUGAUCUUCAUACUCUUAGGCAGCGGCAACCUGGGAAGCAUUUUUCUGAAUAUGCUGCAAGGUUUUACGCAGCCGAAGUAUUACUGGCACUGGAGUAUCUCCACAUGUUGGGAGUAAUUUACAGAGACCUAAAACCAGAGAAUGUUCUCGUAAGAGAGGACGGUCACAUAAUGCUGUCAGACUUCGACCUUUCACUAAGAUGUGCAGUUUCACCAACCUUAGUCAGAUCCUCAAGCAACGACCCUUCAAAACCAAACGGAGCUUUCUGUGUCCAGCCUGCAUGCAUUGAACCAACAUCUGUGUGCAUGCAACCUACAUGUUUCCUUCCAAAAAUCUUCUCCCAGAAAAAAAACAAGAACAAGAACAAAACCAAAAACCCCGACCGGCUAACAAUAUCUUCCCACGCCCUUCCCGAGCUUCUAGCUGAGCCCACGUCCGCCCGGUCCAUGUCUUUUGUCGGGACUCAUGAAUACCUUGCCCCAGAAAUCAUAAAAGGAGAAGGCCACGGAAGUGCGGUUGAUUGGUGGACGUUUGGUAUAUUCUUGCAUGAAUUGCUUUACGGAAAGACACCAUUUAAAGGUUCGGGAAAUCGCGCUACUUUAUUUAAAGUUGUCGGGCAGCAACUUAGAUUUCCUGAAUCUCCCUCGACUAGUUACGCUAGUAGGGACCUGAUUCGCGGAUUACUCAUGAAGGAGCCUCAGCAUAGACUUGGGGUUAAAAGAGGGGCUACUGAAAUCAAGCAGCAUCCAUUUUUCGAAGGGAUUAAUUGGGCUCUUAUCAGAUGUAGUACGCCUCCAGAAAUACCGAGGCUUGUCGAACACGAGCCACCACCCCGUCAAUGUGUUCCUUCCGUCGAUAAUGGAACGAAAACAGUGCUGGUGGAGGAUGGCGUGAAACCUCCUGAUGGUAAAUUUCUGGACUUUGAGUUCUUUUAAGUAAUGUCUUCUUGCUGAUGCAUUUCAAUUAUAUGUUCUAUUUCUUCUUUAUUAUAUAUAUGUUCUCAUGAUGGAUUUCCUUCCCUACUAAGUAUAUAAAUAUAAAUACACUUGAAAGGAUUUAUUUAUAUAUGCAUUCAUCAAAAUAGAGGAGGAUGAGGGUGUGACCCUGGUUUGUUUUAGUGUUUUAUGUAUUUGAACUAGGUUUAAUUAGACCAUUUGUGUGAUAUUGAGUACUAAUUUUGUAAUGGAUAUUAUUAUUAUUAUUAUU